AUGGAUAAUUCAUUGAAAGACAUACCGGAGAUCUGGCUGCGGUUUGAGCCUUCUGUUGUGGUGGACCAAGCUCUGGCUUUUGUCCAUGAGCACUGCGACAAUAUGACGUUUAAUCACGUUGUCCGCUCAGCGUACUGGGCAUCUCUUAUUUUCCGGAAAAUUCCAUCCUUCUCGGCCUCAGGUGUGAAUCUGGAGGUUGUCCUCGUGAGUUGCAUUUUGCAUGACAUGGGUUGGGCAAAGACGGCAGCGCUUGUGUCAGAAGACAAGAGAUUUGAGGUUGAUGGCGCAAACAUAGCAAGGGAGUUUCUGCGUGGCUGCAAAGCCUGCAAUCCUGAGCUGGGUGAUCGAUGGAAUCAGCAUAAUAUGCAGCGCUGCUGGGAUGCUAUUGCUCUGCACACAACACUGUCCAUCGCAAAGCACGCUGCGGGUGAAGUAGUGCUUACCAACAUGGGUAUUGCUGUCGACUUCAUGGGACCAGCUUUCCCCAACGGCCCGGGAAAGGACAAUCUCAUAACAUCUGAGGAAUAUCACAGAGUAAUGGAAAGAUUUCCACGCAACGGAUUUACAGCUGAGGGUCUCAAGCAAGUUAUGUGUGGAUUGUGCCGCACAAAGCCCGUCACUACUUACGACAACUUUGUUGGGGUAUUUGGGAUGAGGUUUGGAGUAGACGGACAUGGAAAAAGAAAGGAGGAAUUUACUCGAAAUUGGGACGCAAAUCAAUCAGCAGACCUUCUACUAUCGGGGCUAUAUGCACUAGAGCAAUUAGACAGACGGUAA